CCUCCUCCCCCCUCUGACCUCUGCAGCAGAGCACCCAGCAGAUCUGCCAUCAGAGCACAGGUUUCCAUGCUGCCACACCCUCUCCAGCACCCGGGCAGGGUAGGGUUGCCGGCAGCCGAACGAGCGGAGCCUCUCUAGCACACGCCGCAGCGGGUUGGCGACCACCGGCGCAGCGAUGGACGGGCGGCGGGGCAGGGCAGCAGCCCCAUCCCCGCGGAUCUUCCGCCGGACACGCUGCGGGGCAGUGACCCGGCUCCACCGGGGGGGGGGUUCGCGGGGUGCAGGGGACGCUCUCCUGCUCUCCUCCAGCCUUCCCUUCCCUUCCCUCCCGCCCCCCGGAGGGGGUGUGCCCACCCGCCGUGCGGUGCCAUGCCGCGCGUUACCGGGCUGGAAGCCCCCACCGCACCCUCCUCUCCCAACCCCGGGGGGGCGGGAGCCCCGUCAUCCCGGGCUCCAGCACCCUGUGCUUCAGGGAAGCGAAGCUCGAGGGCGGUUCUCUGAAGGCGGACAAUGACCGGCGGUUCCCGACGGUCGGAGCAACCGGGAUCGGGGGCUGUCCUGGCCGAAUUUUGCCCCGCUGCAAACGCUCACCCGCCUCUACCUGAUCGGGAAUCAGAAAAUCCGAUUCCCACCGUCACGGCGAGUUCCCCACCGACGCCCGCAGCGGGCUCCGCGUUCCCGCGGCCGUCAGCGAGAGCGGGAUCGGGUGCUGCGGCUCCCGGGGCCAGCUGGGCAAACCCGACCCGCCGGUCCCGGCCGCCGCCCUCCCGGCGGCCCCGGCCAGGCCAAGUUUAUUCCGUUGCCGCACCGCAGCCCGGGGCAGCCGCCCGCUCUCGCCAGACCCGGGGCAGCGGGUCGGCACGGCAGUGGGAAGAAAAGGGGCAAAAAAAUUAAACAAAAAUCAAACCCCAGCCAAGUCUUGGGGAGGAAA